AUGAACAGUAGUGAGUUUUCUGGGAAUAUUUUCCGGUUAAAAAAAUAUUUUUUUGAAGAUAAUCGUAAUAAUAAAAACCUGGCGCGAGGAUGUGAUUCCAGAAGGAGCGUUUGCAGGUUCGUUUAUUUGAUGAAUUUUUUUCAAAAUGUCGCGUUUUUUUCGUUCAAAAUGGUUUCGUGAAAUAAGCGAAAAUAGGCCGUGAAAAAAAUAUUGGGUCCCUUUAAUUUUUUUAAAUUUGAAUUUUACGUUGAAAAACGCCCGAAUAAUUUCAAAAAAAUUGGGAUUUUGAGAGACCUACACGGUCACUUUUUCACGCGAAUUCGAAAUUUCGCGUAAAAAACGUUCAGACAUUUUAAUUUUCUUUGUUUCUUGUGAAAGUCGUCAUUUCGUUGUAGGACCCAUUUCUUCUUACGCGUUUUUUGAUUUUGCUUGUUUCGCGAAGUAGUUUUGAACGGAUAUAGUUUUGGUUUUGAAAUUGACGAAUUUACUUUUAAAUUUCUAAGGAUUAUUGUACUUUCUAAUGGUUUUGAGAUCCUUGCAGGAGCUUUGAAAACAUUUUCAAUACUAUUUUUUUUCAUUGAGGCCUUGAAUUUCAGAGCUUUUUUUGGUGUUAUUUUUAGAGAAUCGAGUCUUUUUGAACAGAUUUUAACUUUUUUUGAAGUAAUUUUUUUCGAAUAUAUAUAUUUUUCGAAAAAGGUUGUUGUUUAAUUUUUGAGUUUUAGUUCAAGGAAUCAGAAUUAAUCAGUAACUUCUUUCUUUUUUAGCUUCCAACUUGAAAAUUUAUUUUCAAUGAUUUUUUUGACUUGUUUCUGAUCAAAGUUUGAUAUAAAAAAGAUUUUUUCGAGAGAAAUUUAGCUUCAUUAUAGUUUUUGCUCAAUUCCUAUUGCUUCCAAAUGAUCAUAUAUAUAUAUAUAUAUAUAAUAAUACCUGUGUUCUUAAUUUUUAUGCAAUUAUAGUGUAUAUACAUGAUAUUUUCAGUGUUUAGUACUAAUAUUUCAAUGAAAAUAUUUAAAAGAAUCCCAAUUUUUGUUCCAAAAAUUCUUGAAACGCGAAGAAAUGACAGAAUUGAUCACACAGGCAAAGUCCAAACGACCUCAAAAAAGCCUUGAAAAGAAGAGCCUCCUUUUUGAGUUCCUGAAAAGGUGUCAAAACUUUCUCGGAAUCUCCUUUUUCCACCUUUUCCCGCCUUAUCUUUUUGAGACUUUUUAAAAGAUCUAGAAAAAAAGACGCCUUUGAGGUCUUUUAGAGGCCUUUUUUUUUCCAAAAAUCCUUUUUGAGCCCUUUUGAACUUCCCCCUGUCAGAUGACCUGAAAAAUAAUUUAAAAAACAGCUCCUUUUUCCUCUAAAUGAACAUUUUUAGCCCCUCGCCGCAGGAACAGUAAUAAUAAUCAUAAUAACAAGAACAACUGGAACAACGUCAAUCGCGCUCAGCAGCCAAAUGCCGUUGGUUUUUCGCUUUUUCUGUUAGAAAAAAAGGUAUAAAUACAGUAUAGAACUACGAUAUUUUCUUGGAUUUAUCGAUAGAUUCGUGAAAAAAUGAUUCAAAAUUUUCAAAAUAUAUGCAUUUUCAUCGAUUUGUUGCAUAUGAACUUGGAGAAGUCGAAAAAAAAAAAUCAUGUUUUUUGGUUUUUUUGAAGUGCUGGAUUUACUAUGAAUCAUACGGAUUGUAAAAAUUUAUGACUUUUUGAUUGGUUUAUAACUUUCAGAACUACAACAACUAUCAGCAGCACGGGUUCCGAAACCGCGGUCGCCAAGGAUUCCGUGGCGGCCGGGGUCGUCAGUUCCAUCAACAACAACCGAGGAACUUCCAGCAAGGUCUGCUGGGAAUGAAGCGCUAGAAAUUCCAGAUUUUAUGGGGGUUAGGGGCCGAAAAGGGGUCCCUACAGGGGUCAAAUCAAGGUGGUCCCUAUAGGGGUUUAGGGUCUGACCCCAUUGCCUCUAAAGCUUGAGUGGUCCCUAUAGGGGUCAGUCAAAUUUAUUCACGAUUAUUUAUUCAGUUUUUGCCAUCAAAAUUUAACCCUAUAGGUGCCGAAAAGUGGUCCCCAUAGGGGUCAAAUCAAGGUGAUCCCUAUAGGGGUUUAGGGUCGGACCUCAUUGCCUCUAAAGCUUGAGUGGUCCCUAUAGGGGUCUUUCGAUUUACUUCACGAUUCGCAUAGAAAAGCUUCUUAGAGUUCAUAGAAAUUAUCGACUGGCAUGUCCCCUAUAGGGACCACUUUUGCAAGCUUCAAUUGCCCCUAUAGAUGUUGCUAAAGUCGUCCCUAAAGGGAACCAUCCAAGAGCCCUAUAGUUACCACUCUGGAGUUCCUAAGGCUUGUCUCUUUUUUUCCGGCCUUUCCUUCGAUGCGCGAUGCCGGUUUCUGUGCAUGCGCCUUUAAUAAUUUGAAAUUUUUCGGGCCCAAUUAAAGGCGCACGCCCAGAAACCGGCAGCGGAGAGCCGGGUAUUGUAGCUAUUUCCUUCGAGUUACAGAACCCUACUUUUCGAAGCGCACAGCGUGUCUCUCUGCAUGUGCCUUCAUUAUAACGGAAACAUAGGCCAAAUUAAAGGCGCAUACAGAGAGAAAAGCCGCGCGCAUUGAAAGGAAGCUUCCCCCGGAACGGUUAUGUGACUCGGAAAGAAAUAAGAAUUUGAACAAGCUUGCGCACAUUGCGCUACAUAUAGCUCCUUCAUAAAAGAAUACUGUGAUUUCAAGUUUCCUCUAAAAGUGACAGAUCCUUGACUUCUACCUGUGUAUUUGAAAAAGAUAAUCACUUCGAAAAGCAAUUUUUGAUAAAUUUGAUUUUCUGAAAUUUUCGUGUGUUUGAUGAAGCUCAAUGGAAUUUUCAAAAAUAUCAAUUUCGGCGCGAAAAUUGUCGAUUUCAGGCAACAUUUUGAACCUUAUAUCUUGAAGAAGUUGUAGUUUAACUCGAAAAUUUUGAUAAUGAUUGAUAUUUUAUUUUAUUUUUUAGUUAUUUUAGUUUUUGUAGUUCUUUUUACGUUUAGUUAUUGAAUAAAUUGAAUAUUUCAGAAGAACCAAAUAGUGAAAACAUGGCGAAUGCGUCGUUGAACGGGGAGUCAUUAUUCGGGUUGGUUUUUUUAAAUUUUUUUGAUUAAAAAAAUUUCUUGAAAAAGUUUCAUUUUUUUGGACUUUUUUUCUUAUUUUACGAGGCAUUUUUUUCGCUGUUUUUAAAAAUUAGGGUUUUGAGAAAAAUUACUGGCUUUUUCAUUGAAAUUUCGAUUAACAAAGUUCGAAAAAAAGUCCAUGAAAACAUAUUUUUUUCUGUUCUAUUUUAUUUAGAUUCAACCCAUUUUUUUCGCUUUUUUUGAAGUCAGGUUACAGGGAACUUGAGGAUUUUUAAAAAUUUCUCACGGAAAAUCGGAAAAAGACCCUAAAAAUUGCGAAAUUAGAGGCUCAGAAAUGAAAGUUUUUCGAUUUUAAUUCAUCUAUCCAAUAUCGAAACCCCAAUUUCGAAGGGAAAUUUCAAGUUUUCGUGCUGAAAUUCGAAUUUUUUUAUAUUAUCAGGUUCCCCUUCACUCAAAUCUUCUGUAUUUUUGUGUUGAGUUAAAUGAAUAAAUUCAGGUCAGAUAAACCAAAAUUGCGAGGAUUGGCGAACCCAGGAAGGCGGUCCCCUGAAACUGCCCGGGUUCUACUACAACCCCGAGACGAAGAAGUAUUUCCGGAUCGCCGAUGAUAAUUCUGGGGUCUCUGCAAAGAUUUUUAUGAUUUUUGAACGUUUGCUCGUUGGAUUCUUGAAGAAAAACGGCAAAAAUGACGUUUUUUUAUCGCUCCAACAUUUUUAAAAUGGCUGGAGGUACUUGAUGAUUCGAUUAUUCUACAACCACUUUCAUUGAAGGAAAAAAAUCAUGGAACUUUAAUUAAUAUAAAAAAAUCAAUAAAACUGGUAAAGUUUCUUUAUUGACUUUUUAUAAAAAAAUAAUCACGCCAUCUUAUUUUUUUUGUUGCAUAAAAAAACAAUAAAACUGUGUUAAAAUUGACCAAAAUUGACUGAAAAUGUGUAAAUCUGUAUCAAAAUAGUAUGAAAAUUCGUUCAUCACCCUUUUUCAACGUAAAAUUUGAUGUAAAAUUGAGCUUUCGAUUUGAAAAAGUGUUCUUCCCCCUUUCAUUGCAUGAAAUUUGGUUCAAAUGUCAUAAGUUUGUUUUAAAAUUGAGCUUCCUAAGCGAUUUUUAUAAUAUUCAUUUCAAAAAAAGUAUAAUCGCAUAAUUUCUCUUUUUUUGACAUUUUCCGUUGAGAAAUACUAUCAGUUUCAUUUUUUGACAGUUUCCUUAUCAAAAGUGUCAUUUUUCUUUGGUUUAGGGACUGAUAACGUUACGAGAAUGUGGAAUUUUUGAUGGUCGAAAUAAUAUUUUGAGGGGAAAUUUCUAGAAAGUAGAUGGAAGAUCAUAUGAAAAAAAUGACCGGAAAGGGAUUUUAAAGAUUUUUUUGAUUUUUGAUUUUAGUUUUUGGGACAGAAUUUGUUCUAACUUAUAUAAAUUGAAAGCAGAAUGAGGAUUUCUGAAAUUUUUAGUGGGCACUAUAGGGUUUUGACGUUUUAAUGGCCGCUAUAGUAGUCAAAUUUGUGGGCACUUAAGGGGUUAAAAUUUAGUGGCCGCUAUAGAGUUCAAAAUGGUACUAAUAGAUGACUAAAACUACUAAAGUUGCCACUAAUGAACAAAUAGUGGCCUCCAUAGAGGUUGUUCUAGUGACCACUACAGUGUCCUCUUUAAGUGGUUCUUGAGGAGCCUCUAUAGUGGCCAUUAGAAGUUUUCACAGAAACCUCAAAUUUCUGAAAUUUUUAGUGGCCACUAUAGGGUUUUGACGUUUUAGUGGCCACAGUGUUAGGUACCACUUAAGGGGUUAAAAUUUAGUGGCCACUAUAGAGGUCUAAGUGCUACUACUAGACCACUAAAAAUAUCAGUGGCCACUUUAGGGGUCAAUGGAUCAACAUAACUGGUCCAAUCUGUUUGUUUUAAAAUUAUCAGAGUUACAGGAAGGAAUACUGGAUGAAAAACCACUGAAGUGGCCACUAUAGUGUCCUCUCUAAGUAGUCCUUGGCGAGCCUCUAUAGGGGCCUUUAAAGUUUCCCUGUGAUUUGAAAUUUCGGAGAAUUUUUAGGAUUUUCAAGAAAAAUGACUUUUCUAUCAUGAAUAUAUAUGAUUUCUCUUCCAGAUUUCCGGCUAUUCGAGACGGGAUCUGGAAAAAUCGCGACGGGACCGCGAGCGGGCCGCGAUGCUCGCCUCGAACCGCCCGAGAAUCGCCUCGGGCUCUUUCGCCCUGAGACCCGUGAUCCGUCCGAUGACAACCGUCAUGGAUGGUUGGACUUUAAUCUAGAAGGCUUGAAAGAAGAGUUCCUAGGAACCCCAGGGUGCCCCUUAUAGGGAAAUAACAGCCCCUAUAGGGACCACUCUGGAGUUCCUAGGGUCUGCGCAUGUAUGAUCGGAAAGGAUCUCCAAAAUCAAGAUGUUUUUGGGGAAAGUUAUUUUGUUAUCAGUAGAACAGGAUCUAUAUAUAAUCAGAAAAAUAAGCUCCAAAGGAGACAUUGAAAUUUUUGAAUUCUGAUAGCCCGUAGAUUUUUUCACAGGUUUUAUCUACAAUUUUUGAGACCAGAUUUGAAAUCAGCGUGGAAAACUACAUCUAUGGUCUCAUUCAGAAGUCCCACUUUGACCAGAGAUUAUCCCCUAGUUAUAUCUGAUUCACGGCUGCCUUGAUCCAUGGAAAAAUGGGUCCUGACACGAUAAAAAAUGAGAUAGUGCUUAGUUGGUGGAGAGCGCAGACAGGCCACGCCCCCUUUUCGUCUCGACUUAGCCAUGAAUCGACUAUAAAGAAAUCUCUGUUUUGAGAACUGUACAAAAAAGAUUAAUAAUCAGAUCUUCAAAUGGGCCGCCGUAGUCAAAUGCAACUGGAUCGUCGUUUCGUCGAAACCCGGCUUCUCAACUGCAAUAAUCGGCCAACUUUCGUCCUCGAUGUUGGUUUUUGUCCUGCAAUUUUCAACAGAAAAAAUGAUGAAACCAACAAAAAAUCGAAGCCUGUGUGUUGUGCAAAUAUUUGAGGGUUUGUUCCGAUUUUUUUUCGGAUGGAACGGAAGUCUUGUGAUUUUUGAGAUUGUGGAGGAGCUGAGGGAAUUUUGUAGAGCUUGUAAAAAAUUUGGAAGGGUUAAUAACUCUAUUGUGAUUUGAGGUCUGAAAUAGAAGCGCAUAUUUUGUUCAACAUUUUCAAAGAGAGAACUUCAUAAAGUUUCUGAUCCUCACUAGAACUUUGUGAAUGAAUUUAUGAACUUUCUUUUUUUUCUGUUUGACCCAGACACUGUCAAAAAAAGCAUUUUUUUAUAGAUUUCACUGUAAAUCUCGAACAACUUGAACUAAAUUUGUUUUUUUAUUCCCCAUUUCGAAUCUUUUGAAAAAUCGAUUUUUUUGAGUGUAGAUAAAGAAAAUCGUUACAUAUGGAGGAAAAAAAUCUCCAAAAACUAGAAUUUUUAAUUUGAGUUUUUUCGAAUAAUCUCCAUUUUUGGUCUUCAAAACGUGGGGAAAUUGAUGCCUAGGCUAAAAUUUGAGGUUUCUGUAAAAACUUCUUGUGUUCAUUAUAGAGGCUCCUCAAGAACCACUUGAAGAGGACACUGAAGUGGCCACUAAAACAACCUCUAUAGAGGCCACUAUUUGUUCAUUAGUGGCAACUUUAGUAGUUUUAGUCAUCUAAUAGUACCAUUUAGACCUCUAUAGUGACCACUAAUAUUCAACCCCUUAAGUGGCGACUAAUUUGACUACUAUAGUGGCCACUAACAAUUUUCCCAGUUUACUUCCGUAUGAAGAGACGCCUCGAUAAAAGCAAUUUUACCAUUAAUUCUUUUCGAAAUAUCUACUUUUUGGGACCUGAAACCUUUGGAGAUCAAUUUUUGAGUUAAAAUAUUGAACAUUUCGUAUGAAUUCACGAAAAUGAUUUCAAAAAAAGCAAUUUUUGUUCAAUUAUGUGGUAUCUUAUUUGUUUUUGGGACCUCGAAACCAUUUCUGAGUUAGAAAAACCUCGAAAAAAACAACUUUAUCACUUUUUUUCGUUCAAUUUUGAUAUUCAUUUCUCUCAAAAACAUCUUCCCGAAACUUUUAUUGAUCUAUUUUAACUAAAAAAAUAUAGAAUAUACUACCCUAUGAAGCAAAAAAUAAUUAAAAAAAGCAUUUCUAUCAACUUUUUCAUGAAAAUUUAAUACCUUAUUCUAUCAAAAUAUCUUACCUUAACGAAAUAAUGUUUAUCAAAAAUGUUAUCAAAUUUUUCUCCUACUUUUCCAGACCCCGAAACUUUUGAUAAACCAAUUGAUUAGUUGAAAAAUGAAUGCAGUUUUGUAUGAAAAGAAAAAAUCUCGAGAAGAGCAAUGCAUAAAUUUAAUGAAAUAGAUAGAGCAUAAAAAACAUUUCUAGUGCUCAUUCCUUUCAAAAAAUCGUCUUUCCAGACCCCAAAACCGCUGGAAAUCUCGAAGCCAGCCUCGGGCUGCGAAUUUCUUCACGUGACGCCCGACGGGAAAACCGUCCUCGGCUGUUUCGCGUUCGGUGAUAAUGAAGGGACCAUGUCGUCGGUUUACGUCCUCAACGUCGGAUAUAACUCGAGAAUCGCUAGGUUUAUUAUGAGAAAAAAAUGGAUUUCUCUUAAAAAAAUUUACACAUUUAUUAAUUCUUCAAGAUUCUCUCUUGAAUCAUGGAAAUAAUUAUCAAGCACUCUCUGUAAUUUUCAGAAAAAAACAGAUACAAGAAGAAAAAAAUACUUUUUAAUUUUGAUAAAACUUCAUCCGGUGUGAUAGCCAAUCAUCAAAAAUGCGGACCUGAUUUUUUGAGCCAUUUUCUGCUACCGUAGCCGGGUUACGGUACUCCGCUGGCCCAAAAACCAAAUCCGCAAACACAAAAAGUACCGUAUCCCAAAAAUUUCCACAGUAACCCAAGUUGGUAUGUACUAUAAAAGUUCCUAAAAUUGCAAUACCUAUCGAUUGAUAUAUCACUUGCCUAGUGAAAAAAACUCAUCAAUAAUUGGAUACGCAGGUGCCUACCGUAACCCGGCUACAGUUACAGGGAAUGGCUCGAAAUUGAUUUUGGAGUAAAAGUAGAAUUUUUUUCUAGUGGUUUCUAAGCAGUUUUAGAAAAGGAUAAAGGAAUAAAAAAAAUAGAAAUUUUGGUUUUUAAGUGAAAUUUAUAGAAAAUAACUGGAAAUUGAUGUUUUGAAGUGAAGUUUCGUUUAAAAUUAUUGAGUUGGAGAAAAUCCUAGUUGCCAGAAUGUACAGUAAGUAGAAGGAAGGGUCGAAAAAGUGAAAUUAAUGGUAUUUUUGCUUGCAAUUUUGUAGAAAUUGUGUUGAAAAAUUGGAAAAAAUGGCUUUUUUAUGACCUGGAAACAAUGGAAUUUGAACUUUUCAAAAUGAGAGUUGAAUUGAAAUUUUCGGAUCUUUUGUUGAACAAUUUUUAAAAAUAUCUGGGUUUUUUUGAGGAUUUUGGGUGGAAAUUUCUAUGUUUUUUUAGUUGAAAAAUUGAAAAAAAGGGAUUCUCGGAGCAAUAAAAAAAGGAAUUCUAACUGAAAACUGCUUUUGGAAUUUUAAAAACGAUUUUUGAUUUUUCAGCAAGAACAUGAUGGAAAAAGAACGGAGGGAAGACCGCGGCGAGGGAAAAAUCGAUGAUUUGAACACCCUUGGUAUUCUUUCCCAGCAAAAAGGAAUAAAGUUAAAAAUUCCCAGGGCUGGAAUUCGAACAAUCGAAACUGGAGGACUUCACGCAGACGGAUUUCACCGACACUUUCGUCGACAUGACCGUCGCCCCCAUCGACACCGACGUCACGUGUCUCUUGAACGUGACGGCUAUCGAUAGGUUCGGAUCGAAAAAAAAGUCGCGAAAGCUUUGGGAAUGGAUUUUUGAUUGGCUUAAGAUAAUCAUUGUAAAUCUUAUCAGAAGUCCUGAAUCUCGGACCAAGUUCACCACAGUGUUCCCAAACGAGCGGCAGCUGUGGUCAGUAGGCGUGGCUGACUGCAACAGCGGCAUGGUUUAUUGCAAUAGGGGCGCGGGAAUGAGAGUCAAGUUGUGUGGAUUAAGUAGUUGGAAAAAAAGACCAUUAAAUGAUGUUUUUUUCCUAGGUUCUCGCAAGUUUUCAGAAAUUUUUUUAUUGUAUAUAUAAUUAUAACGAACAAAUUUAAAUGAAGAAAGAGACGAAAAAGUUUUUGCAAAACAAAAUAUCUCCCAAAAAUGUCGUUUUUAGGAAAACUCGUCAAAUCGAACUUCCAAAGGGAAAAAUUGAGAAAAAAAGCUCAAAGCACUUCUCUUAAGAAAUACCAUUUGAACGUUUUAAAAACAAAAAAACAGAUACAUAAUAGCUUGUACGAAUAAAGUUGUCACCCAAAAAUGACAUUUUCAAGAAUAAAUUCGUCGAAUACUGCCUCGAAAAAAUUUUUGAGAAAAAAAUCUCACAGCGUUUCUUUUAAGAAAGUCCAUUUGAAAAUUCUAAAACAAAAAAACAAACGAAAUAUCUUAUGCGAAAUAAGUUGUCAUCAAAAAUGUCCUUUUAAUGCAAAUUUCUGUGACGAGAACAAUCGAAAAUCACUUUAAAUCUCUGGAAAACGCGAUAAACACGUUUUAAGAACACAUACAACGUGAAAAAAAUACGAAAGAAUGGUAAAAUACGCAAGAAAAAGAGAAAAACCCGUAUUAAAAGUGAAUGAAAUUUUGUGGGGGUGACACGCGCCGCACCGCGUUGCGUUAGAAAAAACUCGCGUUUUCGCCCCAUCGCGACGACCUUUUUUUUGGCUUGCUGCCGUCUCUUUUGGAACACUGUGUCACCUUUUGGUGGCACGUAAUAGGCCGAAAGCUCAAUUUUGAGUUCCUUCAGCUCAAAAUCCGUAUAUAGCUGAUUCACGACUGGCUUGAGCCAUCAACAAAAGGGUCCUGACACGAUAAUAAAAGAGACAGCGUCUAAUAGGUGGAGAGCGCAGACAGGCCACGCCCCUUCCUAGGUUAGCCGUGGAUCGGCUAUAUGAACAGGGGAUCAAUGGAAGUUACAAUUAUUUUUGUUUAAUCGGACUUUGAACUAACAUCCAUUCUUAUAUCAUUUUCUAUUCAUAACAACUUUAAAACGUAACAAUGACGGGUGAAAUUGGAGAAUCAGCACGAAUUUUGAGCCUAAUAGGAACUUUAUGGAAGAAAGGGGCAAAAUAAUUGGAUCUGGGAACAAAGAAAGUUUCUUUUUGUCACUAGAGCAACUUCUUAGGAAUUUCAGAGGGGUCCCUAUAGGGGUUAAGGGGGGGGGGGGGGAACUUUCAAACCGUUAAAGCCGAAAAACUUUUGAAAACUUCAAAAAAUCGACCGUCUUUUACCAACAUGCCUUUUUUGAACGGAAUUUUCAUCGUUUUCCGAUUUUUUGUUUGGAUACCUGAUAAUCGAUAAAAAUGAGCUUCCAACUAACAAGGAAAGCAAUUUGACUUUGUGGUUAAGAAUUUCUUGAAAAUUGGCCGAAACACUCUUUGAUCUGCCAGAAAAAUAUCCUGAAAGUUUCAGCCUGCAAAAAUUCCGGGUUUUCGAUAAAUUAGACCUCAAAGCCUCAAAUUGGCUAUUUUAACGGACAUUGGGAUUUGAGAGCGGUUUUUGGCGAAAAUGGAAAAUUUUAGAAGAAAAAACGUGAAUUUUUGUACUUAAAAUAACUGGAAUUUUUGGAAACUGGUCAUAAUACAAAGAAAUACGAAUAGCUGAUUCAAGGCAGGCUUGAGCCAUCGAAAAACGGGUCCUGACACGGUUAGAAAAGAGAGAGAGUGCCUGGUUGGUGGAGAGCGCAGACACGCCACGUCCCCUCAGCGUCCCAAGUUUUCCGUGGAUCGGCUAUACUAUACAGAGAUCUCAAUGGAUUUAUAAUUGUUUUCAUUAAAUUAGCAGAUUUCGGAUUAAUAUCGAUUCUCAUAUCAUUUCUAUUUAUGGCAACUUUGAAACGUAACAAUGACGGGGAAAUUGGAUAAUCAACACACAUUUUGAGCCUAAUAGGAACUUUAUGGAAGAAAGGGGAAAUAAUUGGAUCUGGGAACACAGGAAGUUUCUAUUGUCACUAGAGCAACUUCUUAGGAAUUUCAGAGUGGUCCCUAUGGGGUUAUGGGGGAACAGUUUCAAACAGUUAUAGUCAAUGUUUCCUGGCGCCAGUUCAAUUCAAUCGCCGCCGACUAUUUAUAAAAGCUCAGAAACCGCUAAUUUUCUAUAUUUUCUACUAUUUUUUGAUGCGCACAUGAAAAUGAUCAAUAAACAAUUUAGAAAAAGGAGUGAAAAAGCGAUAAUUAAGCUCUCUGAACUUUGGCUGGCGGUUGAAUUGAACUCGUGCCAAGAACCGCGUACGCACACGCUACGCGUCCCGCCUCCCUCGCCUUUCAAGUCGGGAAACAUUGACUGUAACACAUGAAAAAAGUUUCAAAGUUUCACAACACCGACGGGAAAAAUCUCAACAAAGUUAAAUGACCUCCCUGAUGACAUUCCUGAUUUGAAGGCUGCGCUGGAACGGCAACGUGUGCUCCGAGUUCAAGGUGAACCUGCAGCCGAUCCCGGAACUCAGCUCGCCGGACAGCUUCGAGACGUUGUCGUCGCCCAUCUACAACCGAGCCUGGAACGACAAUCGGUCGGCGAUCUGGAGCCUGGCUUGGAGCGAAGCCAACAUGACUGUUUCGUUCGGUUCGUAUGGAUGAAUUGGCAUUCUUUAAAGUGCGGACGUUUAUAAAAUGCGAUCGUUUUUCUUUUCAAUAAAAUACGGUCGUCUUUUCAGUCUUUUUUGGACCUCUUUUCAUCUCUUUUACUCUUUCUGGCCCUUUUUUUCAUUUUUCGUAAUUUUUCUCAUCUUUCCUUUUUGAUAUAAACGAUUCAAAAAAAGUAAUACAACGAAAUUAAUAAAUUCGUUACGAUGGAUUUUUUUAAACUUCGGAUUCUCAUUAAAAAAACGAUUUUCUACAGUUCAUCAAACCCAAAAAUUUUAUUUUUUUUAAAUUUUUAUUUGUUCCUCGAUUUCAGGACGAGAGGAAAGUACGAGAAUCGAGAAUAUCCUGACGGGAAAAAGUUUUGUAAUCUCCAGCCGCAAGAAGAACGUCAUCUCGCAGCAGUUUUCGCAGGUGGAAAAAAAUGAAAAAAAUUUCAAAAUUUUCAGCUUCAACCGACCGUGACGGGUUACGCCUUAAGAUUUUUUUAAAACAUAAAGACUUUUGAAGUACAUUAAAAAAAUGUUCCGGAAUAAAUAAAUUAGUAUUCUAAUGAAUAUCUGAAGCAGGCUUUAAUUUUUUUAACCUGAAGGAGGAUUUUAAAUCACUUAUUAAGAAAAAAAUUAAAAAUUUUAAAUUCAAAAAUUUCGAUUUUUUUUUCCACAAAAAUAUGUGAAUCAGAAAUUCGCUGAUUUUUUUUAGCCCCUUGUUCAGAUUUCGAUGAUGAAACUUUGCUGAAGGGUGGUUUUUUUCUGAAGCUUUUCUGUAGAUUUCUCAGGAAGAUGUUUUUGUAUUUUUAUAGAUUUUUGGUUAUUUUAGGACGUUAGGAACUUCUGAUUCUAAAAGAAGAAUAAUUUUUCCCGCAAUAUAUCUCGUUUUUAGGUUAUGAAGCUUUAAAGUUCGUGAAAUACGCAAAUUGCGAUAAAAAAAAUCAAUAUUUCCAGCUUUUAUAGCGUCUCAACUCGAAAAAUUGGCCAGAAAUAAUUUUCUGAUCUGGUAGUGAAGAAAUCCUAAAGUGCACACUUCAGCAAAGGUUGAAAAACGUCCCCAAAGAUAAAAUAUUAUAAUUCGUUAUAAAAUGAUUUCACAGUUUCGACGUGAAAAUAUGAAAAAAGACUGCGAUGAAAAAAAUGUUAUUUGCAAAUAAAUAUUUUGAAAACCAUCAAUUUUUUCAGAAAGUUUUUCGAUAAUUUAAGACUGUUUGAUAUCACGGGGAUUAGACUAUUGAUUUUCUUGAAAAUUAUACUUCUUUCGUCAUUUUUAACAGCUUGUUCCAGUCAUUAUCGUUCAGAAAUUCAAUAUCUUUUGAAUCAUGAAAAAAAAAUUUCGAAUUUUUACUAAGGGGUUUUGGAGGUUUUCAUUAUUCAAACACGCCUCCUCCCUCCUUUGUUAUCAAUUAAUUAUUGUUUCUACAUUUUUUUUUCCUUGAUUUCCCUGGCCAAUAUUCUGAUAAAACCUUCUAAGUCGGGAAAAAAACGACUGUAAGUAAAUGUCUCAAGAUUAAUUUUAAAAAAAUAAAAAUUACACCGAACUUCUCAAUAAAUCCCAGUAGAGUUGGGACAAAUAAAUCUAUAAUGAACGUAUAUUUCGAAAUCAAGUAAAGUUUUGAAAUAGUAGUUCAAAAACCAUAAUUUAAAAACCCAAGGACUAGGAAAAAAUCUGAAUUUUCCAAAUAGAAGUUGCAUGAACAUUUAAAUUUUAAAAACGUAAACCCAUCUCUUAUCUAUACAGAGUACCGUGAGAAAAAGAUAGGAAAAAACGCGUUUUCGCUCACAACUUUUUUGUAAGUAAAUCAGUCUUCUUGAAAGAUUCUGAAACUGCGUUUUUUUUUUCUAUGAACUGAAACUUCAUCAGAGCGUUAAAAAUAACAGUCAGCACAACUCCAGAAAGUUUCAGAAGUAUCGACUUCCUUAGAAGAAAGUUUUGACCGAAAAAACCCCGUUUUUUCGUAUCUUUUCUGACGGUACUGUGCAUAGACUCUGACAUGGGGCGCCGAAAGAUCGCCACAACUCUCUCUCUAGCACACACUAUUUCGUCGUUUUCUAGCUGCGAGAAACGACGAAAUAACGUUGGUCAGAGAAAGGGUUGUGGUCUUUCGGCGCCCCAUGUCAGAGUGCCCUACUCGGACCUUGGUAACGCGAAUCGGACGUUUCGGGGCAUUUCUAGUGACUACUUUAGUAGCCUCAGCGCUCUUAAGUGAUCCCUAGAAUUGCCCAGAAACGUCCGUUUCGCGUUACCAAUGUCUGAGCUAUAUAAUAUACCAAUACAGCUAGAGAGCACUGAAGUGAUCACUUCAAUGAGUUGGUGAGUUUUAGGACGGAAACCUGCUGUUGAUGGGUCUUCGAGGCGAUGAAGUGAUUCGGGCGGAUUUACGAAUGAAUGGCCAUCAUAUUACUGGUUCUCUGAAAGGUUUGAAGAUUUUUCUGUAACACUUAGCUUUUGAUACAGCUUGAAAUCUCAUGAAAAACAGAUUUAUCUUUUUUAUACCAUUUCAGGGUCCUACAACUCUGGUUUCAUCCAUAUCCUGAAAAACAGUCAUCCCGAGUGUGUGAUCACUGAAAACUUUGCCGGGCAGGUAGUUUUGAGAAAAAAUCCUAGAAAAAAAGAAUAUUUAAGCUCCGCCUCUGGGAUUUCCGGUAUCCGAAUCGGCCAUUGAUGCAGUUCAAGGAUCAUCAAAACACUCAUUAUCGACUUCCCUGCUUUGUAGAUGCCAAUGAGCGACUUGUCUUUGCUGGUGGGUUUUGAAGAAAGGAAAAAAUUGGAGUUGCUUAGGAUCGCCAGAGUGAUCCCUAUAGUGGCCAUUUGGAGGGACCUCUCUAGGGACCAUUUUACCAGUCACUAAAGCGUGCAAAAGUGAUCCCUAUAGGGGACAUGCUAGUCGAUAAUUGUUAUGAACUCUAAGCGAAGAAGCGUUUCCAUGGGAAAAACGGGAUAAAUAGGCGUUUUUUGAAUGAAGGACCCCUAUAGGGACCACUCAAGCUUUAGGGGCUAUUGGAUCAGACCCUAAACACUUAUAUGGACCACCUUGCUUUCACCCCUAUAAGGACCCUUUUUUAGCCCCCUUACCCCUAUAGGGACCAACUUUUCGACGCCUGACCCCUGUAGGGACCACUUAAGCUCAAGGGGCUAAGGAGUCUAACCCUAAACCCCUAUAGGGACCACCUUGAUUGUACCCUUAUUGGCUACAAAAGCUUUUUGGCUACAAAAAACUACAAAUAGAUGGCUAAAGUUUGAAAAAAAAGUCUUGAAGCGAAACAAAUGUCGUUCACGCUCUUUUUUGAUGAUGAGUUUUGAAAGAAAAAAAUAAUUAAAGGUAAGAAAUAAUCUUCAAGAAAAGGUGAAUAACCAAAAAAAAAUUGGCCACUGAAACCAUCUCUAUAGUGACCACUUUAGCUGUUCUCUUUUUAGUGGCCACUACAGUAGCUUUUCAUUUAGUAAUUGGUAGACCAACGCAAGUUAGGGUUCGACAAGUUUUGCUUUUCGUUUUUUGCUUUAAAGACCUGAUAGGCUGGGAUUAACCUAAGGGGUUAAAAGUGAGUGGCCACUAUAGAGAUCUAAUUGGUACUACCAUAAGUGAACCAUAAGGGGUUCAAUCGGCUUCUUUUGAAAUUAUCAGAAUUAGCUUGCGAGAGGUGGUUUUAGUCUAAAAUACUGAAGUGGCCACUAUAGAGAUUGUUUUAGUGGCCAAUCUAGUACUUACUUACUUAGAUACUUAGAUGGUCCAUCUUCGCUUUCGACUUUUUAUUGCCUUUUAUUGGUCGAAGCGUGGACCACACGUUUUCCAGGAGGUCCGGUCUUAUGCAAUCGGUCAUCCAGUGUUGUCCUGGUUGACUGGUAUUCUUGCGAAAAAAAAAGUUCCAUUCAUGGUGUUGAACGUGUUAUAGCAUAAUUGUGGUCUGAUUAUCCUUUUUGCCUUGCCAGCGCUAAAAAAGACCGCCCAUUCUGUUAGCAGAAGCAAGCCGAACUGCGUGACCGGUGUACCGUUAGCCGCUAUGAAUGGCGUUGCCUCUUCAUCGGUGGUAUGAAAAAAACACCAGCGAAAAUUCAAACGGCGACUUUUUCGAUUUUUUCAUAUCGCUAGCGAACUUUCCGACGGCCACCUUUCCGACGGAUCCCUUUCCGACUUUUUUCCUUUAUAUUUUUCAGUUUAUAAAACAUCUAUAAAUAUUUUUUUUUCCUAUUUCUUUGUGUUUUAAUCAUGAACCAACUACCUAAUUUAUAUAGGAAGAUUUUAUCGAGAAAAAAAGUCGGAAAGGGAUUCGUCGGAAAGGUGGCCGUCGGAAAGUUCCCUAGCGAUAUGAAAAAAUCGGAAAAGUCGCCGUUUGCAAUUUCGCUGGUGUUUUUUUCAUACCACCUCUUCAUCACCGGGUAGAGGUGGUACUUGAUAAGGAUCUAGUGUCCUCUCCAAAUAGUCCUUCAGGAACCUCUAAACAUAUGCAAAGUCGGAAGGACCCUCCGAGAGUCCAUAAAGGACUAUAGAAAUGUUCCUUUUAAGAUGAUGAAAGCUCUCUUUUUGCUGCCUUUUUGCUCCAUUUUCUCAGCUCUUAUGCACCAUUUUUGAUGCUUCUCCCUUUUCCCACCAGUUCUCGCGCCUUUAAAAUCCCAGAAAAAUGGAAGGCUCGAUAAAGGGAGUCUCUUUGCUGCCUUUUUUCUGGUUUUCUGCGGCCUUUUUCGAGCCUCUCCCUUUUAGCGGCCAUCAUCCAUCAUUCCGACUUUGCCCGAGUAGUGGCCUCUAAGAGUUUUUCCUUGUAGCUUUUCAGGAUAAAAAUUAAAUAUAAUUACUAUUCGCUCUGAAAAGUUCGAAACUAUCCGUCUGAGUUUCAGUUGGAAGUGACGGAACAACCCGAGGAUGGUCUCUGGUCAGUGGGGACGUCCUCUGCGCCGUGCCAUCGCCAAGGCCUAUCGAACACGUGGCCCACUUCCCACGAAUCGCCUACUCGGAGAACUGGGCCGGACGACACGGCAACGCUGCGCUGGUCCUCGCCGUCGGCGGACAACUCAGAGUUCAUGCUCUCGAGCUCUGA